AUGAAGACGGCCCUCUGGACCCUGCUACUCCUCUGCCUGUGUGUGGAGGGACACUGUGACUGCCAGGGGGACUGUUUAGCCUGUGGACUUUUGCUACCUGAGCAGCAAGCCUUCAACACACUGGUAUGUCUGUUGGAAUGUGAGUCCCAGACCUCUCCAUCUUUGGCCUGGGAUCUAUGCAACCAGGCAGUCAGCCUGAAACAGGUCCCUCCACUCCCACAGGAGGAGGCUACAUCAAAACGCUCGGGGGACGUGCAGCCUCUGGCCACAGUGAGCUUUGAGGAUGAGGAUGGGGGUUUGGAGUACUCAGAGGCUUUGGAACGUUUCCGCCACGCGGCACAAGCUCUCGAGAGCCAGCAGUCUGCUGAUGAGCAGACCUCAAACCGCCUUGGGACGCCCUACGAUUCGGAAAUCGGGUCGAGGAUAGAGAAGGAAGGGGAUGGCGUUGAUGAAAGAGAGGAAAGUGACGGAGAGGCAGCCAUCAACCUAGCCAAACGCUUUGGUGGCUUCAUGAGGGGCCGCCAUGGAUUCCGGAAGCUGGUGGGAUCUGGAAGGCCUUUGCAGAAACGUUACGGAGGCUUCAUUGGUAUUCGGAAGUCAGCUCGGAAGUGGAACAACCAGAAAAGGGUUAGCCAGCUGCUCAGGCAGUACCUCAGCCUAACCGGCCGCACAGGACGCUUCACCAACCUCUCAGCAGGAAUCCGAAGGCAGAGCGAGGUGUAG